CCUGCUCUUCCUGUCCCGAUGUUGCAACACCGCCUCACUCUUCCCCUCCCACCUCCUCUCUGCUUUAAUUUUCUCAGAAUUCUCUGGACUCAGGCUCCAGUUCUGGCCUUUGGGGUUCAAGAUCACUGGAACCAGGCCGUGGUCUCUAUGCCCGAGUCUCAACCCUCAACUGUCACCCCAAGGCACUUGGGACGUCCUGGACAGACCGAGUCCCGGGAAGCCGCCAGCGCUGCCGCUGCCACACUGUCCUGAGCCCAAAUGGGGGAGUGAGAGGCCAUAGCUGUCUGGCAUGGGCCUCUCCACCGUGCCUGACCUACUGCUGCCACUGGUGCUCCUGGAGCUGUUGGUGGGAAUAUACCCCUCAGGGGUUAUUGGACUGGUCCCUCCCCUCAGGGACAGGGAGAAGAGAGAUAGUGUGUGUCCCCAAGGAAAAUAUAUCCACCCUCAAAAUAAUUCCGUUUGCUGUACCAAGUGCCACAAAGGAACCUACUUAUACAAUGACUGUCCAGGCCCGGGGCAGGAUACGGACUGCAGGGAGUGUGAGAGCGGCUCCUUCACCGCUUCAGAGAACCACCUCAGACACUGCCUCAGCUGCUCCAAAUGCCGAAAGGAAAUGGGCCAGGUGGAGAUCUCUUCUUGCACCGUGGACCGGGACACCGUGUGUGGCUGCAGGAAGAACCAGUACCGGUAUUAUUGGAGUGAAAACCUUUUCCAGUGCUUCAAUUGCAGCCUCUGCCCCAAUGGGACUGUGCACCUCUCCUGCCAGGAGAAACAGAAUACCGUGUGCACCUGCCAUGCAGGGUUCUUUCUAAGAGAAAACGAGUGUGUCUCCUGUAGUAACUGUAAGAAAACCCUGGAGUGCACCAAAUUGUGCCUACCCCAGACUGAGAAUGUUAAGGGCACUGAGGACUCAGGCACCACAGUGCUGUUGCCCCUGGUCAUCUUCUUUGGUCUUUGCCUUUUAUCCCUCCUCUUCAUUGGUUUAAUGUAUCGCUACCAACGGUGGAAGUCCAAGCUCUACUCCAUUGUUUGUGGGAAAUCAACACCUGAAAAAGAGGGGGAGCUUGAAGGAACUACUACUAAGCCCCUGGCCCCAACCCCAAACUUCAGUCCCACUCCAGGCUUCACCCCCACCCUGGGCUUCAGUCCCAUGCCCAGUUCCACCUUCACCUCCAGCUCCACCUAUACCCCCGGUGACUGUCCCAACUUCGCGGCUUCCCGCAGAGAGAUGGCACCACCCUACGUGGGGGCUGACCCCAUCCUUGCAACAGCCCUCGCCUCUGCCCCCAUCCCCACUCCCCUUCAGAAGUGGGAGGACAGCGCCCACAAGCCACAGAGCCUAGACACUGAUGACCCCGCGACGCUGUACGCCGUGGUGGAGAACGUGCCCCCGUUGCGCUGGAAGGAAUUCGUGCGGCGCCUAGGGCUGAGCGACCACGAGAUCGAUCGGCUGGAGCUGCAGAACGGGCGCUGCCUGCGCGAGGCGCAAUACAGCAUGCUGGCGACCUGGAGGCGGCGCACGCCGCGGCGCGAGGCCACGCUGGAGCUGCUGGGCCGCGUGCUCCGCGACAUGGACCUGCUGGGCUGCCUGGAGGACAUCGAGGAGGCGCUGUGCGGCCCCGCCGCCCUCCCGCCUGGGCCCGGUCUUCUCAGAUGAGGCUGCGCCCCUGCGGGCAGCUCUAAGGACGGUCCUGCAAGAUCCCCUUCCAACCCCACUUUUUUCUGGAGAGGAGGGGUCCUGGAGGGGCAAACGGGCUAGCAGCCGCCUACUUGGUGCUACCCUCUAGAUGUACAUAGCUUUUCUCAGCUGCAUGCGCGCCGCCGACAGCACUGCGCGCGCGGAGAGAGGAGCGCCGUGGGCUCAAGAGCUUGAGUGGGUGGUUGCGAGGAUGAGGGACGCUAUGCCUCAUGCCCGUUUUGGGUGUCCUCACCAGCAAGGCUGCUCAGGGGCCCCUGGUUCGUCCCUGAGCCUUUUUCACAGUACAUAAGCAGUUUUUGUUUGUUUUUUGUUUUUUUUGUUGUUGUUUUUUAAAAUCAAUCAUGUUACACUAAUAGAAACUUGGCAGUCCUAUGCCCUCUGCCUGGACAAGCACAAAGCAAGCUGAACUGUCCCAAGGCAGGGGCGAGCACGGAACAAUGGGGCCUUCAGCUGGAGCUGUGGACUUUUGUAAAUACACUAAAACUUCUGAAAUUAAAGCUCUGCUCUUAAA